AUGAUAAGUAAAAUAGAACCUAAAAGAGAUGAUGGAAAACCGAAAAGGCCGAUGUCGGCGUAUCUGCUAUGGCUAAAUAGCGAGCGCGGGAAGAAGGCUGACCACCCCGGCCUGAAGGUGACCGAGGUGGCCAAGAAGGCUGGCGAGAUCUGGCGCUCCAUGGACGACAAGAGCACUUGGGAGGAGAAGGCGGCCGAGGCCAAGGAGCAGUACGCGAAGGACCUCGAGUGCUACAACGCCAACGGCGGCGCGCCCACGCCCAAGAAGGCGCAGAAGCGAGGCGGCGCCAAGGCCAAGCCGGCCAAGGCGAGCCGCACCAAGCACAAGAAGGAGCAGUCGGAGGACGAGGACGCGUCGGCCGACGACGACGACGCGGGCGACAGCGAGUGAGCGCUCACUAGCGCCGCCAACCGAACAUUGUGAGUGAGUGAAUAGCGAUGUGUGCACCGGUACUGACGCGCAGUGCACUCGACAGCCUCCACUGUUUCUAAUAACUACUUACUAUACUAUCUACUAUGAAAGUGUACUAAUAUAUAAGCCGAAAUCAUUCAUCAAUCGGGUUUCAUCAUCGUAUUCAAUCAUACAUUUUUAUGUUAAGUAUUAUUGUCGAUUAUGUAUCGGCUUGUUGGUAUUAAGUAACCCCCUGGGCGCCUACUCUUACGAUCUCUGCGAAUUUCGACUGAAUUAGAUAAAAUGAACCUCCUAGAUAAAUGACUCAUCAUCCCACACAAUCAAUGCGUUCAUUUUAUUAGAUCUUCAUGUGUAAAUAUUUUAUGAUUUGAUGUUAGGUCGCUUCUGUAAGUCAGAUUUGUCAUGCAUUUAUUAGAUAUAAGAUUACAAAAAAGCUCGUCUGAAAUAAAUAAAAAAUCUACCCCA